AUGCAAGCCGAGAGUCCGCCACUAGAUUUGGGUGACCAUGGUCGCUUGCCAAGAGAGUAUCGUAUCCAGAAUGAUGAGGCACAUCUUAUGCCAAGCCGCUGGUGGUUUGCGUCGUCGGCCUUUCCCAUGAUCGCUGGCACCCUUGGGCCAGUAGCCUCUGCAUUCAGUAUCUGCGCUCUGGUCGUCCCUUGGAGGCAACACUUGGCUCCCAGAGAAGACAUUAGCAAAGCUACAUAUAUUAAUGAUCCCCCCUGGCUUCUCGCAAUCAAUGCUAUCCAGCUGGCUCUUGCCCUGGUGGCCAAUGUCUUCCUCUUAUUGAAUAUGGCCAGACGAGUUCGGUUCGGGAUAGCACAGCCUAUUACAAUGCUUGGAUGGUACAUAUCGGCCAUCCUUCUCAUUGCCCUGCUUGCCGCUGGACCUGGGCCUCUUCAUCAGAACCUAGGCUUCCCCGCCGACCAAAUGAUCUGGUCUCAAGCCCUUUGGUACGGCACUUGGGCAGCCAUCCUCUAUUUCCUGAACGCUUCGUUCAUGGUGGUGACCUUCUUGGGCGCACGGGCUGGUUACUACCCCAAAGACUUCAAUUUGACCAAGAGCCAGCGCACGCUGAUGCUGCAGACCAUUAUGUUUCUGUUCUACCUCCUCCUAGGUGCUCUCAUAUUCUCUAAAAUUGAAGGAUGGGGCUAUCUUGAUGCUCUGUACUGGGCUGAUGUGACACUAUUCACUGUCGGUUUCGGCGAUCUUAGUCCGUCGACGAGCCUCGGUCGGGCGCUUCUUAUACCUUAUUCCCUAGUCGGCAUCAUCAGUCUCGGUCUUGUCAUUGCCUCUAUCCGCAGCAUGAUUCUGGAAAGAGGCAGGCGCCGAGUAGAGGCGCGUAUGGAAGAGAAGAAGCGCUGCCGGACCGUCCGACGCAUGACUCUGAAGGGGGACGAUUUCAUCCUCAACCCCAUCAGCGAGAGAGACCCGACUUCUCCGUCUGUCCCGCCUUCGUCUACGGAGAGUACCCAGCUGGAAAAUAUUCCCAGCUCCGAGUAUGAGAGGCGCAAGGCCGAGUUCCAACUCAUGCGCAAGAUCCAGGAUCAGGCCCAUGUACGAAGACGAUGGAUAGCCAUGGGAAUAUCCACCGGCUCCUGGCUUGUUCUGUGGCUCGUUGGGGCGCUGAUUUUUCACAAGUGUGAGGAGAGAUAUCAGGGUUGGAGCUAUUUCGAUGGCUUCUACUUUUGCUACGUUUCCUUCACCACGGUAGGGUAUGGAGACUACACUCCCCAGUCCAACGCAGGCAAGUCCUUUUUCGUCUUCUGGUCCCUUCUGACCCUGCCCACUAUGACCGUUCUCAUCUCAAACGCCGGAGACACUGUCGUCAAGUUUGUCCGCGACGCUACGCUCCGCUUGGGCAACAUCACCAUUCUCCCCGGAGACGAUCGCUUCCUCGGCGAAUUGAAGUACGCUGCGAAUAGGCUGACUCUCGGACGAUGCUUCCCGGACUACAUCCAACCGGUCUUGGACCCUCGUAAUGACCUCUCUGGCAACUUCGACGGUCAUAGCGACCUAGAAUCAGCCGGUGAACUAUCUCCAGACCAGCAAGUCGAGGCGAUGAAGCGAGGCCGAAUGCAUCCCUCUUCGCUUGAUAAAGACACCGAAGGAUGUGGCGAGGCCGAGAGCCAACCAGAUGGCCCAGCUUAUGCUGGCUCCACGUUUACCUCCAAAGUCAGGCGCUCGCUCUCCCGUCUCCGCGACCCUCUCCAGGAUCUGCCCGCGGGCACCGAUUUCCAUUUCCUGCUCAUAUCCGAGAUCCAAGUAGUCAGUCGCCAUCUUCGACGGAAAGAGCCUCGCAGGUACACGUUCGAAGAGUGGGCCUGGUACCUCCGCCUCAUAGGCGAGGACGAGAGAGACCCCUCGAGCCACGGCAAGCCCCGCGCCAACCCUCUGAACCCUUCCCCGGACGGCACAGUACGGCACCACGUGACUCACCUGCGGAAGGGCCGCCGGCGCCGCAGAAGGGAGAAGGUUCGGGACGUGGGCGCCGAGGGAGUCGCCGUCCCCACCUUGGAUCAGUCUGACCAGCUGAAGUGGUCCUGGGUCGGGCAUCGGAGCCCUCUCAUGGGCAGCCAGGAGGAGAGCGAGUGGAUCCUGGACCGCCUGACUUGUAGGCUCAGGGAGUCGCUCUCUGCUGAGAGGAGGCGGCAGCUGAAUAGGAGGCCGGUAGGCCCCAAUCAGCUUGCGAGGAGGUAUGGGAGGGAUGUGCCACCGCCGAGGCAAUGA